AUGGAAGAUAUCCAUGGUUCGAAAGACAGCACAGUUAAUGGCAUCCAGGGCCGUGGCAUCUUGCUCGAUUUCCACAGAUGGGCACCAACAAACAACAUAUCGACUGAGGUGUUCAAGAAAACCUCCAUUCCACUGAAAUAUCUCAAAGCCGUUGCGACAGUCGCAGGGGACAGAGAUAAAGUUUGGAGACAUACUUAUCAUUCGAGAUAUAUGCAGGCGAUUAAACAAUUACCAGAUGACGAGCUGGUUAGGCUCGCGAAAAGGACACCACCAGAGCUGAUCCGGGGUAGAAGCCAGUUUAGAGAUACUGGAAUGAUCUGGGAAAACUUUUCCGCUGCAGAAGGGGACCAUUCGUCCUUCGAUGCAUAUCCACCGGCAGACUGGAGCAUGCAUGAAGUGCUCCUUGCCGGCUGGGGUUGCCCCAUCAGAGAGUUGUUUUGUCAGAGGAUGCGGACGGCAGAAAAGAUGGUCGUUCUUCAUUGCGAGUGA